AAAAGGCGCAGCCGAGGGCGGGAGAAGAUGAAAAGGUUGGACAGAUCGCGGAUAUAAAGACUUCCAGUUUCCAAGAUCCGACUAGGAGACGCGAUAUUCCAUCGUCGGCAAGCGGUAGCGGCAUAAACGCAAUCCCAUCGAGCCAGUCCCUCCGUUGCGCAAUAAGACCAUAUGAUAUGGUUUACGCAUUCGCCAUAGCAUCAGGAAAUGCUAUGUGCCCGCCGCCGCCAUGUCGUCGCAACGCACUCCCCGCCGCGAAUGGAAUGAAAAGAAAGCCGUCAUCCUGGCCCUCUCAGCCGGCAACUCCCUGAAGGAGCUUGCCAAGCUGAUGAGGGAGCAGCACCAAUUCACCGCCACUCUUGCGCAAUACGAAUACCAUCUGAAGGAGUGGAAUGCUCCUCGUAAACACCUGAAGCGCGACGAUUGGGCAAGGGUGGUGACCGUCUACGACUCGCUCGUCUCCCAGCAUGGAACCGCCAGGGUUCUUGUCAACAAUAUCCCUAUCUCGACCAACAAACUCAAUAGGAAUCGGCGUUUAUACACCUCGGCUAGGCCUAGUUCCCAAUCCCACCCGACAGACUCAGGCAGAGAGGCCGCCUUGCCCGAGGCGGUAUCCUUCCAGUUGCAAUCUGCAGAUGGGACAUGGCUGCACCUUGACCCAAGCCCUCGUAGCAGAGUGCUGGGUGGCCAAGCGAGUCUUGAGGCAACGCGCGCGGGCAACACAAUGUCAGCACCCGAUCUUCCAGGCCCAAGCUUCACAGGAGCCGGGGCUCAGUCGCCCGAUGAAGGCGACACGAGCCAUUGGGUGGCAACCUCACCGGUCAAUGUCUUUGAGCCGAGGAUUUUCGGCGACGGAGUUCCGCACCGCUCCCGAGCCUUCGCCUUUUGGGAAACAAGGGACAAGUCGAGGGCAGAGCAGAGCAGGGUCGGUUUGGAAUUUCGCAACGCAUUUCUCCCACACGUCGCAAGCCCCCGUUUCCUCGCAGGAGUCAGCACCUCAGCACUGGUCGGAGGGCUUGGCCUUUCCAGUCACCCCGACAUCCAGCCGUUCUUGGACCUCUCGUCGCCGCCGCCGCCAGGCCCUCUAUCAAGGUUUGGGGGAAUUGACGUCGACGCAAUUGCCGCAGACUGUCAGGCUGCUGCAGUUGCCAAUCUUCGGUUCGAAAACCCGGCAGAAAUACUUGCUCGGCAGAUGCGAUGCAUGUUUAUUGAUAUCGAAAAACACUCGAUACACUCAUCCCACACUUGGAGAGCCUACCCAGGCAGCACAUCAUCUAUCAACGGGUCGUUCUCACUCCAUGGGGUCGCCAACCUUCAUCUGCCGGAACGCAUGCACGGUUUUGGAGACAGCAUGCCACAGCAAAACUACAGUCUACUACCGGGGAGCCCAUUUAACACGAUCGCCUAUGCGGAAGGUCUGGAAACGACCGUGCUGAACACCGAUGUCCCACAAUGGCUGGUGUUCGCCUUGGCGAACAACUUUGCAGGACUCCAGAACGCCCAAAUCAGCGAAAUCAUUCCUUGGAUCUCCCGGUCUCAGAACGGCGCCUCGCUCAUCCAGCAAAUGCUCCGGGACAAGCAAAACCCUCGGGUUAAAGGGAUGGGAGCAAGUCUUCUAAAAGCGUGCAUCGAAGCCCAGAACGUCACCGCAUUCCGGCAAAUGCUGUUUAGUGGGGCGGUCGAUAUCGACACGAUUGUUUGCUGCAUCAAGGGGGUGGAGUACUCUAUUCUCGGAAGAUGUGCGGCUUUGCAGAAUCUUUCUCUGGUUCAAGCUGUCCUGGAGUUCCAACCGAAUAUUGCAAAGUUAGAUCCUGUCCGUAACGCCUUCGGUCAUCUUAUGGGGUCCUUGAUGCAAUGCGAUGCUUCGAUCAGUUCGGAUUUCGAAAAGAUCGCGUAUCUCCUUCAAAAGGCGGGUGUCUUUAUCGACCCAGAGCUCUUGUUCAACCCUUUUUUUAAGCGUCACUUGCUCGAGACGGAGCCGGGGAUCAAACUCGCGCUCGACCUCGCGUCAAAGUUAACACACAUGCAACACGAAGAGCUCAUCAGGGCUGGAUCCUUGCGCUGCGCCAUCAGCGGAUCCCAGAAUGAAGAUAUGGCCCUAAGAUUUGUCAAGAGAAUACUUGAUGUCUGCUUCCGCAAACAUCAGUGGGCCUGCAACCACAACAAAGGGCUCAAGGCAUACUUCGAGCAGGCUUUACUGCAAAGCGCCAAAGAGGGCUACUUUGGUUUGGUCAAGGUGCUGCUCCCGUUCGGCAUCAGUGAGAUCAAAUACGAGUUUCUUCUCGCAUCGAUUUCCGGCGGGAGCAAGGAGGUCGUCGACCUGGCCCUCUCCCAAUGCCCUAAUCUUGAGGCGCUGUCGUCCAAAUACCCUAAACUUGAGGCUCUGGUGGGUUUCAACACGACAGCCCUAGCCGCAGCAAUCCUGUCCAAAAGCGAGGACCUGAUUCUAGUUAUUAAAGAAGCGGGGUGCUUGGAACAUCUCCAAGUUCAAGGGCACUUCCAAGCAGCAAUCACGGCGGCAUCCAAGGCCCGAAACCUGGCCCAAAUGCAAGAGCUUUUCCAACACCACCCUCACUGCUGCAUCCAAGAUCUACGAGACGCGCUCAAGAUUUCGGCCUAUAAAAACUACGAUGAGAUCACGCUCGCCCUCACAGAUGCGUACCUAAAGGAAUACCCCCUGCUCCAAGCAGCCCUUCUGCGCCAUUGGCCGGUGGUACACACUCUCCUGAUCUCUGGCCCUACAGACAUGCAACCAGAACUAUAUCACCAGCGCCUAAUGGAAUGGAAAGAAGUCGCUUCAGAAUCAGAAUGGGGCAUCUUGUUCGAGCAUCUGAUUGGAAAGGGUGAUCACCAACUGAUUCUGAAAGCGGCGGAAACCUUUCCGGUGAGAACGAGCAAGGACAGACAUUGGGAAGUCACCUGGAAAGCAAUGAACAGAGAGGUGCUGCCUUUUCUGUGCGAACACAAGCUUGUGUCACGGCAGGGCCUAACACGCUAUCUCCGAGAAGCCCUCUCCCGAAAGAACGACGACAUGGUUUAUCUUGUCACCCGAUUGGGAGCGGAUUCAAUAGACCAGGAUGCGUUGGGAAAUGCUGUAACCCACAGUCCGCAUCUCCUGUCCUUCCUGUUGAGCCAGGUGUCACGGCCUGUGCUCGAGUUUGUGGCGCAUCAAUCCGAGGGCGGAGAUAUCGAGAAAAACGCUGCAUAUACUGCAAUUCAGAAUGCGGUCGGCCAAGGGUUGAAGGGUUUGCCCUCUUUAAAGUUACUUUUCGAAUCCGGAAUCGUCGAUUUAUCAAAUCUCCGGAUGUGGUAUCCCUAUGGCCGUUAUCCCAGUUACAUGGUGAGGUUUUGCCCCAUUAUCGAUCUGAGAGUUGCAAUCGCGAAGACACAAGAAGACUUCGGCAACAUUGCCGUAGUGAAAUACCUUCUCGACGUUGGCUGCGACCCAAACACACACGAGCUUGCGGCGCUACCUCUGGGACCUCGGGGAUCUUUUCCACAGGUCACGGCCCUUCUCGAGGCAGUCGCUAGGAACCACGUCGGCUUGGUCGAGCUGCUGAUAGAAAAGGGUGCCAACAUCAACCGACGGAUAGUGGACGGGGCCGCUAGAACCCCGCUCCAGAAGGCCGCCGAGCUGGGAUAUCUUGACAUUCUGAAGUUGCUGCUGGAUCGCGGCGCCGACGUGAACGCGCCGGCGGCAGCUAGUCGGGGUGGUGGGACGGCGCUGCAGCUGGCCGCCAUGGGGGGAAACUGUGCUGUUUUGUGUGAGCUGCUCGAACGGGGCGCCGAUUUGAGCAUGCCUCCGUGUGAAUACGACGGGAGAUGGCCGCUCGAGGGGGCGGCCGAGCAUGGCCGGAUGAGCAUGAUUGAGCUCUUGUGGGAGUACUGCCAGGGCAGCUUCCCGGACAGCGUCGUGGAUCGGGCGAUGGAACUGGCAGAAGAGAAUGGCCACAUGUCAUGCAAGGAGGUGCUUGGAAGCCUGAGGGCGAAGAAGAGGGAGCUUGGUGAUGUUGCAGGUUUGGAUUGGACGGCACCCUUGUUUUAAGGAGCUGAUGGGGGACGGCGUUCUUGGAGUAGGCUAAUUCUUCAUCAUUUGCAUUCGUAGCUACGAAGCCGCCAGAAUCUGUGCGUCACAU